AUGCUGGCUACAGCUGCCUAUGCUGGUUAUCCUUUUUACGCUGCCCCAGCUGUGAAGGUUGUUCAUGCUCCGGUUUAUCAACCUGCGCCUGUUGAAAAGCCCCAGCCUUUCGACUUCAGCUACGACACCAAGGACGAAGAUGGUAAUACCCACGCUCGCCAGGAGUCUGGAGAUGGAAGUGGCGCCGUCAGUGGCAGCUAUUCUUACACAGAUGCAAACGGUCUCUUCCGACGAGUAUCUUACACCUCUGAUGCCAGUGGAUUCAAGCCAUCCAUUGAAACCAAUGAACCAGGAACUGCUAAUGCCAACCCUGCUGAUGUCCAGGUGUCAGUUCAGGAAGCCCCUGCAAUUAAG